CAUGAUGGCUUCGAAUUAAUUUUCCCCAUCUUCUUUCGGUUUAUCGGCCAAACCCAUCCGUCUUGCACAGCCAGUGGUCCGGGUUGGGGGAGGGUCAAGUGGGUCAUGAUUCCGUCAUCUGUGGAUUGUUUGCGUGUACCUACGUGUCUGAGCCUUCCAGCUGGCCUUGGAUUGGCUAUUUGGCUAUCUGGAUCAGACAAUCUCAUCUGUCCGAUUCGGAAGGAGGCAGACCGGGCGGGAUGAAGAUGAUUAGGGAUUGA